AUGGCUGCAAUCUCUCUGAAACAGAAACCUCUAGUCCUCGCCUUCGUCCUCUACCUCUCCAUCUCCGCCACUACCUCUGCCUUCACCUCCUCCGCUCCUUCGUUCCCGCCGUCUGUAAAUCAACCAGAGCUCCUAACUUACCCAACCACUCUCAUCGCUUCCAUCCUCUCCACUCUCGGCUUCCAGGAACUUUCCUCCGCCGCCGUGGACGCCAAUCUCUCUACCUCCACUCCGAUCACCAUCUUCGCACCUUCCGAUUCCUCGCUUCUUACCUGUCCUUCGUGUUCUCUCCCUCUCCUUCUCCAGGAACACGCCGUUCCAGGCCUCUACCCAAAUCAUUUCCUCCGCAACUUAGCUUUUGGCACCAAGCUCGAAACCCUAGCCUCCGAACACUGCCUCACCAUCACCUCCUCCGCCGCUCAAAAUGUCUCUACCAGAGUUGUUUUCGUCAAUGGAGUUGAGAUCUCGGAGCCGGAUCUCUUCAACAAUGGCGUCUUCUUGAUUCACGGCUUGCGAGGAUUCGUCUCUCAUCUCUCCCCGCUCUCUUGCAACGUCGAGCGCAUGACUACUCUCUCGUUUCCACAGCCGUGGCUUCACAAGUCGCCGCUGUCGUCCAUCAUGCGCCUUAUGCUAAAAGACGCCAUUAUCAGGCUCCGUUUCGGUGGCUACAGCAUUGUUUCUCUCGCGCUGAAAGUUAAGUUCGGAGAAUUAUCCGAACUGAAGUCCAUGACUGUGUUUGCUCUAGACGAUAUCUCCAUCUUUUCCAGCGCUGGAUAUGCCUACCUCCACCAUUUCAGGUUCCAUGUGGUGCCGAACAGGAGGCUGAUGGCGGCGGAUCUGUUGACCUUGCAAGCCGCGACUACUUUGCCGACCAUGGAGAUUGGUCAAAACCUGGUGGUGACGGCUGCCGGCGGUGGAGGCCAGUUCUCUCCAGUGAAGAUCAACUACGUUAAAGUCACCACCAUGGAUUUGCUGCAUAACAGCAGGAUUGUGGUUCAUGCUGUGUCAACGGCGUUCCCCCGCAUGCACCAUCAUCUGUCUCUCACGGACGGCGCUGCUGUUGAAGAGGCCUAUCGUCCGCCGUGUGAUAUCUCCUUGGAUGGUGGAUUCUGUGAGGUGGCAGCUCCUGUGCCAGCUGGCAUUAGAUCAACGCCUGACAUCAUCGGCCGUUUGGAUGAUCGUGAUGGUCUCUAG